AUGAAUAAAAGCAGUCUUUUAAUCAGCAACCCUUUUGCGUAGUCAUUGGAUCUUGGAAGCGAAUCUGUCUUUAUCGAUUCUUAUGAGUAAUUGUAAUCUCAGCUAAGAGAUAAAGACGUGCAGAUUGAUUUUCUAAUGAACAAACUAAACCAAAUUUAGCAACUACAUUCAAUUUCAAAGCUUUAAAAUGACCAAGAAAUCCAAACUGAGGAAGAUCUUAAAUCUAAAGAGUAAGAAAAAGCAUUGAUUGCAGAAGGCAUUAGGCUUAAAGACCAAUUUUAUGAAUUAAAGUCCCAGCAAGUGGAGUCAGACAUUCACAUCAAUCGCCUUUAGAUUCAGGUUGAAAUGCUUGAGUAAAGCAACAAUGAGAAGGAGUAACUUAUCCAAAUUGUUUAAGAAGAGAAUAAGUGUCUUUAGGAAAGAUAUGAGCGUAAAUUAAAGGAAUAAGAAGCUUAUCUUUAAGAGUUAAUAACUUGCUUUGAAGGCCUAACUUCCAAAGACCAGUUCUAUACAUGCUAUAACAAAGACAUACUAAUUACUUCUUACUAAUCUUAAUAGGAAAAUGAUAUUUUUGAAAGAGAUGAAGAGGAUGAUGAAGACGAGGACAUAUAUAUGGAGGAUUAAUAAGAAAUGCAGAUUUAAGAGGAAAAAAGAAGGGAGAGAUAGUUAGAAUAUGAGUUGUAGAGAAAUGAUGAAUCAGAGUUAUACAAUGAACUGCAAGCAGCAUUAGAGAAAAACGCAGAAUUGAUAGUGGUCAAUAGAAAACUUGAGUAGACUAUUGAAGAUAUCAAAGAAUAGUAAAUUUUGAAAUAAUAGAUACUAGAGUAAAGAGAUUAGAUGCUCAAAGAAUAGUUAUAUGAGGUUGAAAAUUACUAAGAGUGCUAUAUCAUGAAUAAUGUAGCUGAUGAAAUAAGCAAACAGCUCUUGGAUGAUAUUCUUGCUAAGAUCGAAUAAGAUUUGCAAAGAGAAUAACAAUUUUCUAACGAGGUUCCUCCCUAAAUAUUCAUAAGUGAUUUAUCUCUGUCUUAUUGA